AUGCUUGGAGAAGUUGUUAGUGAAGACGAAGAAGAAGAAAUAAAUGAACAAGAAAUUGAAAUUGAAAAGAAGAAGGCACAAGAAAGAAUUAAACAAUUAACUGAUCCUUCAUUAGAUAACAAUGCUAUUAUGUCAAUGAAAUUUAUGAAAAGAGCAAGAGCUAAAGAAAUUGAAGAAAUGAAAGAUAUUCUUGCAGAUAAACAAAUGGAAGAAGACAUAGAAAAAGAUGGUAUUCUAGUUGAAAAUAACGAUGUUAUACCUACUAAUCAAACAGCAGGAAAUAUUAAUAUGGAAGAUGAUGACAUUAAAAUACAAACAAAAGAAGAUCAAAUUGCUAGUAUUAAUAUUGAACAAGAAGAAACUAACAAGAAAAAAAAAGAAGAAAAAGGAUUAGAUGCAAUGUUAAAAGAAUUACAAAAAGAAGCACAAGAUAAUGAAGAAAUGAGUGAAGAAGAUGAAGAGAAAGAAAGUGAAGAGAAAGAAAGUGAAGAGAAAGAGGAUGAAAAACAAGAAGAGAAGAAAGUAAAUGAAAAGAAAGAAAAUAAAAUAGAAAUAGAUAUUGAUAUUAAUGAUGAAAGUAAUAAUAAAAAAGAAGAACACAUGAAAGAAGAAGAAGAAAAUAAAGAAAGAACAAAAAUGGAAGUUGUUGAACUUAAAGGAAAUGAAAAUAAAAAUCAAGUCUUAGAAAUUCAGAAACAAGAAGAUGGUAAAGAAGAAGAAGGUGUAUUCAAAGAAGACCAAAAAGAAAUUUUAAGACUUGCAUUUGCAGAAGAUGAUGUAAUGAAUGAAAUAGAAGAAAUUGAUGAAGAAAAUAAAAAACAAAAAGAAGAAGAAGAUCAAAAAUCAAUUCCUGGAUGGGGUAAUUGGGUUGGAGAAGGUAUUCAAAAGAAAACAAAGAAAAACAAAGAAGAAAAAAAACCACAUAAACGUAAAAAUACAAUUGUUUUCAAUCAAAGAUUUGACAACAAAUUUUCCAAGUAUACUUUAGAAAGAGUUCCAAAAGAAUUUGCUAAUGUUACUCAAUACAAAAAAUAUCUUAAUACUGCAAUUGGUAAAGAAUGGACAUCAUUAUUAACACACAAUAAAUUAACACAACCAGAAGUUAUUAUAAGAAAAGGAAUGAAUAUUGAACCAAUGAAACCAUUGCAUAAGAAGAAAAAUUGA